AUGGGAGAGACAUCAUUAGAAUUAGGUGUGGAUGAGAUGGAGGAGAUACUAAAGAGGUUGGAUGUAAAAGAUUUAAUACGAUGCAAGAGUGUGUGUAAGUCAUGGAGAUGUGUGAUAUCUCGUCCUUGUUUUGUGAAAGCUCAUAUGAGUUACACGUACAACAAUGACGUCAACAAUUAUCGACUUGGAGAUAGAAGGAUCGUGACCCAUAGAUCGUUAUCCAUGAAUUAUCAAUCGUUUUCAUACCUUGGUAAGUAUUGUGUUGUUGGCUCCUCCAACGGGUUGGUAUGUAUUUCUCCUAAGGAUGUCAGGCUUUUAAUAGCCAAUCCUUCAACAAGAGAGGUGAAACACUUGGAACAGCUGCCCGAAACUCCUAGGAAAAUGAGGCUCUCAGUAUGUUGGGGUUUUGGGUAUGAUCCAUCAAUAGACGAUUACAAGGUUGUCAUGGGGAUCGCUCAAGGUAGGGGUGUGAAAAAGUUUUAUGUGUUAAAGUUGAAAUCAAAUACUUGGGAAUGUAUUGGAGAAUUAUUGUAUUAUAACGGUAACAAUAAAAACCACGGUGUUUUACUCAAUGGUUCACUUUACUGGUUUAUGUGGGAGGAUUUUAGUUCUAAACACAAAAAUAAGAAGCAAAAGCAGGUAAUUGUUUCUUUUGAUUUAUCUACACAUGAGUUUAAAAAAAUACCGCAACCUUCAUAUUCCUUGGGAUCAUAUGACUGUGACAUGCGCCAUCACACGCUCGGGUUUUUCCAAGAUUGUCUCUGCAUAUACAAUAUUCGUCUGCCUUCCACCUCUAUCAAAUGGAUAAUGAGGAAAAACUACUCCUGGGAAUUGUUGUCAUAUGAUUGUGAGAUAAUUGUGAAUAAUGGUAAUUACUUGAGAGCAUUCAAGUGCAAUCUAGACGACGGGAGUUGUUUGUUGUGCGGUGAGGAGGAUGCUAUGCCUAUGCGCCUGAUCAAGCCUGUGGAAUAUCUAUCGGCCCCUAUAUAUGUGGAGACCCUUGUAUCUCCACAUUAUUAUGCUAAUCGUGAUCAUGAUUUUACUAAUAAUGCACUACCCAAUAACACGAGGAAAAGGAAGACAGAUACGAGUAAAUGUCAAGGUGGAGUACGACAUUCAUGUUAUGAUAUUUAUAGAUAUUCAUAUACAUACACGUACUCGUAA